AUACAUUAUUUUUUUCCUUUUUUUUUUUUUUUGCUUUCAUUAAAACUUCUGUAAUGAGGUCUCUGUCUCGGCUGAGGCAGCCAUCUUGCUCUUGCCACGUGCUAGUGUUGGAGGACCCUCUCUGCUUCAGAUUUACCAACAGCAUGAAUCAGGAAAAGUUAGCCAAACUUCAGGCUCAGGUCCGGAUAAGGGGCAAGGGUGCAGCUCGAGGAAAGAAGGUGGUGGUAUAUAGAACAACUACAGCUGAUAACAAUAAGCAUCAGAGUUCUAUGAAAAAACUAGCUGUGAAUAAUAGAACUGGUAUUGAAGAGGUGAACAUGAUUAAAGAUGAUGGGACAGUUACUCAUUUCAACAAUCCCAAAGGUCAAGCUUCCCUUUUUGCUAACACCUUUGCAAUUACUGGUCAUGCAGAAGCCAAACCAGUCACAGAAAUGCUUCCUGGAAUAUUAAGUCAGCUUGGUGCUAACAGCUUAACAAGUCUUAGGAAGUUAGCUGAACAGUUCCCACGGCAAGUCUUAGACAGUAAAGCACCAAAACCGGAAGACACCGAUGAGGAGGAGGAUGAUGUUCCAGAUCUUGUAGAAAAUGUUGAUGAGGCAUCAAAGAUGAAGCUAACUAAAGUUUUGGUUUUUGGAAGCUGGCAUGGACUAGAUUUAACAAAUUAGCUGUGUGGUUCCAAAGUUUUACAGACACAGAGAAGAUCACCUGUUACUAGUUACUAGUUCAGUAAUAUAAAUAUUUUGUAUAUUAAUAAUGCUGUUUGUUCAGCAUUUUUUGGUCAUUUAAUGCAUUUUGCACUUCCUCCCAAGAUAUUUUUUUGGUCAAAAUAUGAAGUAUUGGUGCAGUUUAAGGAUGUUUUGGUUUUUGAAAGAUAAAAAAAAUUCUGUAAUGAAUAUCUAUGUAACUAAAACAGUGACUUUUUUCUCUUUAGGUUAAAUUCACAGAUAUGAAUCAAACUUUUAAGAUUUUUAAACUUAUAUUACCAAAUUCCCCUUCAAAAAAUUUGUGCCCAUUUUAUGUUCCCAUCACUAUGUGUAAGACUUCCAGUUUCUGUGAUGUGGCCUAGAAUUAAACAUAAAACCUCAGAUGCAAUCCAACUAACAUUCACCCUGAAUGCCUCACUUCCCUUUACUGUACACAGAUAAACUACAAGCACAGAUAUUCUCCAAAUUCUCUGACAAAGACAAAAGUUAGAGUGAUAGUGCUAGAAAUGACUUUGGCACAAGACACUUACUUUCCACCAACAAGCUUAUUUUCAGGUGAGAAUCCACAAGCCCAAGAAGGUAAAAUAUCAGAGCAGACAGAUUCCCAAAGAAAACCAAACUAGAAAACCACAUGUAGGCAAAAAGCAGCAGAGAAACAAAACAAAAUGUGUCUUUAGCAGUUACCUAUGGGGAAUGGAACUAUUUUUCUUCUUCUUUUUACUUUUCUGAAAGGAGCAUAUCUUUCUUUCCCAGUGGAGAAAAAAGUAUUUCUUUGAAAGAAGAGGGGACAUGGUGGCACACACCUGUAAUCCCAGCACUUUGGGAAACCAAGGAAAGUGGAUAGCUUGAGGCCAUGAGUUUGAGACUCCCCCAGCCAACAUGGUGAAACCCUGUCUCUACUAAAAAUGAAAAUAAAAAAUUAGCUGGGCAUGGUAGUGCAUGCUGCAUGCCUAAUCUCAGCUUCCCAGGGGGCUGAGGUACAAGAAUGAAUCACUUGAACCUGGGAGGUGGAGGUGGCAGUAGCAGUGAGCUGAAAUCAGCAACCUGAGCAACAGAGCAAGACUCUAUCUCCAAAACAAACCUUAAUGAAUAAAAUAAGGAAAAAUAGAAAAAAGGAAGUAAAUUUGUAGGUUUCCUACUAUAUACACUUAAUAUAUGCCUAAGGCCUACUAAGACCUAGUAUAAAGGAGGCUUAAAAAUAGGAAAAAUGGCAUGUUUAAAAAUCUGGAAGAGGCAGGAACUCUAGAACAUUGAAUUCCAAUAAUGCAAGCAGAGCCUGAGUGAAGCAACUUUGGAAAAGCAGCUCUGGUCUGUCGAUUUGAAAAAACAAAUGUACUUGAUGAGCUGGGUCUGGAAUAGGCUCUGGAGACCUCUGGCUGACGCGACAAAGGAUUGGUGUUUGACAGGUUGAUUGGUUGUUUGUUUGUUUGUUUUUUCAUUAUUUUGGUGGAUUUUAUAUUUUGUAAUUUUUCUGUAAAUUUAUAUUCAGCUGAAAGGACAGGUGAUUUAAUGGUGUUUUCUUAUGAGUAGUUUGGAAAUCUUGUCUCUGUCUCCAUUUGGAGGUAGGGUUACGGUAAAGAUGGGGUUAGGGUGCUGUGAACUAUAAGAGGUCACCAGCUUCAUAGGGUAGAAACAUUUAGGAACCACCACCAACAGGCACCAGGAAAGGUGUCUGCCCUUUCCUCUCACCUGAGACCUGAAUUUUCUGCAUUUUCUGUCCUUGUAAGAACUGGAGUCAUGGUAUUUGGUUUCAGAGUCUUGUCUUAAUGAGGGAUUUCACAUCUUGCUGUGGCUGUGGUGGGUGUUGACUGAAUGAAUCGUAAAAUCAUAGACUGUUAGUUAGCACAGAGAUGAAAUCACAUCCCUAAAGUCUACUAUUCGUAGUUAGUAAGUGGGCCAGGCGUGGUGACUCACAUCUGUAAUCCCAGCACUUUGGGAGGCUGAGGUGGGCAGAUCACUUGAGGUCAGGAGUCCGAGACCAGCCUUGCCAACAUGGCGCAACCCCAUCUCUACUAAAAAUACAAAAAUUAGUUAGUUGUGGUGGCACAAGCCUGUAAUCCCAGCCACUCGGGAGUCUGAAGCAGGAGAAUCACUUGAACCCAGGCAUCAGAGGCUGCAGUGAGCCAAUAUCACACCACUGCACUCCAGCCUGAGUGACAGAGUAAGACUCAGUCUCAAAAAAAAAAGUUAAUAAGUGAUGGGGCCUGAUAGAGUUGCCAGAUUUCACAAAUAAAAGUAUAAGAGCCAUUGUUAGAUCUGAAUUUUAGGUAAACAGUGACAUGGCGUUUAGUAUAAGCCUCAUGCAAUAUUGAACUGGAUGUCCUGUAUUUCAUCUGGCCACCUGAUGGGGCCUUGAUGAAAGCUCAGCUCCCAGUGACCAAGGAGGUCUGUCUGAUUUCCAGAAAAACAGUCCAGAAGGGCCCCACAUGGGAGAAGCUGUGGAGUUUAGUGGUACCAGGGCACAGUUAGCCCUUGGCGUGGUUUCAUCUGUUAUAGUAUUACAAAUAGUACUUGCUUCAAAUAGCUGUUGUAAGAAUAACAUAAUUACACAUAAAACAGAUAUUUAUUAGAUAAAAUAUCAAGCCAAAAGUAUUGUGACUUUUAUCUGAAUAGUCUGCAAUGACUUCUCAAACAAAUUUGGUCUCUCAACUAUACUGUCGGUGCAAAAUAGGCCACAGUUCCCCUACUAUUCUCUCCAGCUUUAUGCUAAGAAAACCAAAAACUCACCUCAUCUGCAGGACAGAGGUAUGGCUCUGAUUUUGAUAAGGCAAUAAGGAUUUGUAUUAACCAUCAUAAUAAUUAUUCAUUCAUUAUAGAGUCACUAUCUUAGCAUUAUUACAUUGUAAAUAUAAAAAGAAAAAUCAAAGACUUCCUACAGUGACGUGGGGAGUUCACAGCAAAUUGCCUCCUUUAAAUUAUCUAAUGUAGAAGUUCCGAAUCGGGCUAAUCAUCAGAAUUACCUGGGGAAUUAUCCUUUUCUGUUAUGAAAAUAUUUUGAACAUACAGCAAAACUGAAAGAAUAUUACAGUGAACACGUGUAUACCCAACACCUAGAGUCUUCAAUUAACAUCUUACUACAAUUUGGGUAUCCCUAAUCCAAAAUGUUCCAGAAUCCUAAUUUUUUUUGCAUGCCAACAUGAUGCUCAAAGGAAAUGCUUAUAGUAACAUCUGGGGUUUUGAAUUUCAGGAUUUGGGAUGCUCAACUAGUAAGUAUAUGCAAAUAUUCCAGAAUCCAAAAAAAUAAAAUAAAAUUUAAAACACUUCUGAUCCCAAGCAUUUCCGAUAAGGAGUGCUUCAGCCUGUAUAUCUUGUCUUGUUAUAUAUCUGUCCCUCUAGUCAUCCAAUGCAUCUCUUUUUCCUGUACACAUCAAAGUAAAUUGCAGAUGUCUGUACACUUGCCCUGGUGCAUUUUCUAAGACUAUAAGUUUCUAGGCCUCAGCCCAGAAAGGUACAGGUCUGCUAAUUCAGGAAUUUUUCCAAACAACCCCCAGCUUCACUCUGGUAACCAUGCUCAUGGAACCCUUAUUACCCAAAACACUACCAGUCUCAUGGCAAAGUGAAAAGACCUGGCACACCACGUGUCGAGUGUAAAACUUCUACUCAAAAAUGAUAACAUCUGUCUCUGCCCACAUUUCAUUGGCCAUAGCAAGUCCCUUGGAACUCUUAAAUUCAAACGGUUAGGACAGGACAGGCAGGGUGGGAGGCCAACAUAGGCGGAUUACCUGAGGUCAGGAGUUUGAGACCAACCUGGUCAACAUGAAAAUACAAAAUUUCUCUACUGAAAAUACAAAAAAUAGCCAGGCAUGGUAGUGGGUGCCUGUAAUUCCAGAUUCUCAGAAGGCUGAGGCAAGAGAAUCACUUGAACCCAGGUGGGGAAGGUUGCAGUGAGCCAAGAUCGCACCAUUGCACUCGAGCCUGGGUGACAGAGCAAGACUCCAUCUCAAAAAAAAAAAAAAAAAAAAAAAGAAGAAGGUGGGGAUGAGUAACCCUUCCACAGGCACAGGGAGAAGCACUGUGAAAGGAAAGCUUGAAUAUAUAAGAAAGUAAUACAGUCUAACACAGGAAGCCACUCAUUUAAUUCAGCCUCUUCUCUUUACAGACGGGCAAGCUAGCAUCCAAAGAGGCAAAGGACUCUCCCAGGAACACUCGGCUAGUUCAAAGCAGGAGUGGUCAAGAACCAAGGUCUCCUAAUUGCCCCUCUUGUCAUGUACAGGGUUGCCUCCGUGAAGCUCACAGAUAGUUCAUCAUUCAUUAAUUGAUAUACUAUACACAGGCACUGAUAAAUAAGGCACAGUUUGUGCUGUCAAGACAUUCCCAGUCCCAUUUAAAGUUUUUCCAUAGAACCUUCAGCUGACCCUUGCAUGUUUCCACAUAUUCCCCUAAUAACCUGAAGCAUUCAGUGUACUUCAGAACUAAUAAAGAUGUUGUCUUUGAGGAUAAAGAUCUAUUUUUCUCAAUUGUUUUCAGUCCAAGAGUGUCAGUUCCAGCAACAGCCUACUGAUCCCGGCACAGUGAUGCAGCUCUUCCCAGAUGGAGAACGUUUCAAGUGACUCAUGGGCCCAGACUGGUUGAGAAUCAUUCCUAGGGCACAAUCAGUUCAUGAUCUGAUGGCAUAAUAGCUUUUCUCAGAAAAGAGUCAUUCAGUCACAAAAACCUCAGCCCAACAUAGGGACCCAUUUUCAUUUAGGGAGAAAGAAAUAUUUCAACAGGCAGAAAUAUGAUAGAUUUCUAAAAUAUAAUGGUUAUCCAGGAAUAAGAUAGUUUGAUUUGCAAAAGAUAAUUGAUCCUCUCACAAGCUAUAACUGGGAAGACUAUGCAUCUUGGAAUCGUUGAAACAGUACCACGAUAUAGACCUGCUGUGUCCAACCUUUGUAAGCUCAUAGAAUUUUACUGGAAGUAAGCUAGAAAGACUUUUAAGCAUCACCAACAGUAGCUGCCUCAUUUUGCAGGUAAUAACUAUGAUGCUUAUUAUGUGUUUCCUUUUGCCAGCUACCGAUCCAAAAGAUUCACAUGCAGUAUUUUGUUCUCACAACCAAUAGGCAUUAUGACCACCCCCAUUUUAUAAUUGAAGAGGUUGAAGCUCAAAGCAGAGAUGUGACUUGAUCAAAGUCCUCUAACCAUAUUGAGAAUGGGCUGAGGUGUGAACCUGGAACUCAAACCCUUGAGUCCUGUGAUCCUUUUAUGUGAAAGGAGCAGAGUUGUCACUUUUGUGGAGCCACGGACUCCUGGACACUGCCUUUCAUUAACAAUUUUCUGUGACACUGGGCCAGGUUCUGUGGGGAUGCCAGCCUAAGUGAAGAAGUUUCUGCCCUCUGGGAGCUUUAUCCUGGCAAAGAAAGGAAAAGAACGUGAGCAAACUGUGUGUCCUAGAAGCCAGAGAAAGAAUUUCAAGAUGUUGGUCUUUGGUGUUAAGGAGUAAAAGGUAUCAAAGACAAGAAGCAAGCCAACAAAUAAUAUGACAAACAUGCAAUCACUGUUGAACUACAAAAGAGCAAUUUCAGAGAGUGAUGAGGUAGGAGAUAGUUUCCAAAAGGAUAGGGAGUCAAUAAAUGAAGAGGAAAUGGAAACAGGCAGUUUUCUGCUGCUUAAAAAAAAGAGAGAGAGAUAGGAUAUAAAGCGAACUCAGAGGACACAUGUAAUGGUAGAAAUAUUUUUGUUUGGACUGGGGAGAACUCAGCAUGAUGUUAUACAGAAGAAAAGAUGCUAACCGAGAGAAAUAAAUUUCAUAUGGACAAAAAAAGAGAGCAUCAGAUUCCUGGAACAGAGAGGAAAGGAUCCACUUAUUAUUACCUUGUUUUGUCUUUCAGAUGUUAUUAUAAAGUAUCUACUGUAUUUCAGGCACUCUGUGUGGGCAGCAUGAUGAGCAAAGCAGACCCAGAUUCCAUAC